ACAGCGUUGCGCCAGUCGCGGUCACACUGCCCAGCCAACAACAACUCGGUGCCGAUACGGCUGCGUUUGUUUUCUGCUCCCAUUCAGCUGCAAAAAAAGUGAAAAGCGGUCGGAAAAUAAGCAGCAUGUGAAACGAAAAUCCUCCACGCAUUUAUAACUCGGGGGAAAAAAAAGGCCUUCAAGUGCUCGAAGAUCGUGAGUGAAGGUGAAAAUAGAUUGAAGGAGUUCUGCAAUUGAGAAGAAACAUUACUGCAGCGGUGUGUGUGUGUGCGAGUGUGCGUGCGUGUGAGUGUCGCUCUCUGGACGCAAUUUCCUUGGCCAAAAGGAAGGGAAGUGGGGCAGGAGAACCCCAAACUCCCGAGUUCGAAUCCGGAGUAUCAGAAAUAGCGCAACGAGAUGGUGAAGGCGAUGACGACGACGGCGCUGCUAACGAAGAAGAUGAUGUAAAAGUCGUAUCGCCACACAUCCCCUUUCUCUUCUCUCCAAACGAAAGCGAAAUCCCAGCUGGGAAACUCUAGCUGAAAACGAACCAGAAACCAAAGCCCACGACUGCCGCUUUGGGUUUCGCUGGACUGAAACCGAAACUGCAUUCUCCGGACACUCAUUUAUACUCCCCAUAUAUAUAUAUAUAUAACGAAACAUAUCGCGGACGGAAUCGAACAUGAGAUUGCCGCGGUGCUUAUCGGCCAGUGGGAACCUGCCGGUGCUCCUCCUCCAGGCCAUCUUCUCUUUGGUUCUCGCCGAGCGGGACUUCAAUGUCAACGACUCUCAGGUCCCUGUGAUUGAGCCAAAGGAUGUGCCCGCCUACAAGCAGGAUCCGUAUGUCACGGAAUUGAUGAGCUGCCAAAAUACUCAGAGUGAGAUCGUGCUCUCGCUCCUGCUGAAGAAACACGAUUGGAGCGAGCUGACUGCCGCCAAGCGAUACCAUGUCCAAGCCAAACUGGGCAAGUUCUUUGCCAUACCAAAGGAAUUCAUUUCCCUGGACUCGGUGUCGAAGCGGGAAUUGAGAAUCAUGCACAAGUUGGCCAUGCGGAAAGGAGGCAAGGGCAAUAAAAAUAUCGAGACCCUUAAUCGUCGCCUGGGACGCGCCAGUUUCUUGAUCGGCUGUGGUCCAAGCUACUUUGUGAUGGGCGAGCCAAUUGCCAAACAAAUUGCCCAUCAAAUGAAGGAUGGCACAAUCGGUGCUUUAACGGAGGAAAACUUUGGCCUUUGGUUCAUUUGGCGCAAGGAAUUGAAAUCAAGAUCAAACCGCAAACGCCGUCAGUCCGAGGGCUCUGGUGCCGAAGACGAUGACUACGACUACGGAGAUGACGAGGAGGAAGUGUCUGAGCCCAGUACGGAAGUGCCGCCGGUGACCACGCAUGCGCAUCGACAUCAUCACGGAGCGUCGGAGGACUUGGAAAAGAUAGUGUCGCUCGAUUCCGUCUCCUCGUCGUCGGCCGUGCCCUUGGUGGUUCCCAACGUGGAGGAGGAGAUCGAGGAGAGUGUCUCCAAGUUGGAGUCCGUGAUCAGCAAGACCAUAGAGAACACGAAGAACAUCAAGGAGUUGCCCGUUCUGGGCGAGGCAAUCGAUGGCGAGGACGAGGAGGAAGUGGAGUUGCAACAACUGGGCGUUCCACUGGCGCCAGAGAUCCUAGCCGAGGUACUUACGACCACCGCCAGAGCCACGGAAUUGGUAAAGCCCGGCUAUUCGGAGGAGAACGGAAAUCAGGUGGACUCCGCGGCAAUUGCUGUCCUCGAUGUGGAGGCCUCAGCCACGCCCACUCCCGUGGUGUCGGCGCCCGAAACACAAAAGCCAUUCUCACCCUACGAUGCCACCUCCUCGGUGUCGUCGUCGUCGUCAUUGUCAUCCUCAUCGUCCGUAUCAUCCAUUUCAUCUGGCAACGAAGCUGGAGAGGAUUCCUCUUCGCUGUCGCCCAUCCAUACGCCCUCGUCCCCGCCCACUGCCACGCCCACAAAGGCGGAUAGCUCCACCUCCGGCUCCGCCUCAUCAUCAUCAUCUACAUCCGCAUCCGCAUCGUCAUCUCCAUCACAAGCCACUCAGCCAACAACAACAAGUACAUCAUCAACAAGCACAACUACAACAAUAUCAAUCUCAACAACAACAGCAACAUCAACAGCAACAACAACAACAUCUCCAACAACAACACUGUCUGAAUCGCCAAAGCCAAUUACUGCGCUUAAUGAGUUCGAACUGAGCACCCUGCUUCCCUUUGACGAUUUCGAGAGCUCAGCCGCAGCAGCAGCAACGCCAACUGCAACUGCCACUGCAACUGCGACGAGCGUUGUAAGCACAGCAGCAACCGCAACAGCAGCAACAGCAACCACUGCAACAACAGCAGGCGAAAGCGAAUUUCAUAUAGAGUCCACCACGCACCGCACGAUUAGCUCUAAGGAAGGAGACCUCGAUGCCGCCGGCAGCAGCAGCAGCAACAACACUCUGGCCAAUAAUGAGCUUUCUACUCCUGCCACGCCCACUUCUUCGCUGGCCACUACGACCGCAUCCACUCCGGAAUCGAGCAGCAGUAAUACGUUUGUGUCCACCGACUACGUGGAACCGCAGGUGGAGGAGAACAGUCCGCCGAUCAUCAAGACGCGCCUGCAGAAGCUGGCUGUCACCUCGGGCAAGGCCUUCACCUUCCACGUCCUGCCGGAAACCUUCUACGACGCCGAGGAUCAGGGCAACCUUCGCCUGGCUCUGACGGACAAGGAUGGCCACGAAUUGAAGGCCAACUCCUGGCUGCAAUUCAAUGCCGACAAGAGGGAGCUUUAUGGACUUCCCCUGGACGACACCGUAUCCCGUUGGCAGUAUCGCCUCUCCGCCACCGAUUCGGGCAACGCCAGCGUAACGGAAACCGUGGAGAUCAGUGUGCAGCAGCACCGGGCAGUGAGGACCAUCAAUCACGAGAUCAGCAUCGUGGUCAGAAUAGUCGAGAACCCGGGCCACAACAUCGACUGGCAGUUGAAACUGGUGAACGAGGUGGCCAAGGUCUUGGGUGACCCGAGCAAUGCGGCCGUGGUGGUGCGUGAAAUCCGACAGGCGCCGCACGAUCCGCACACGGCCACUUUUGUCUACUUCAACGAGACACUGCCCACCAGCGAGUGUCCCAAGCAGGAGCUCACGGAUAUCAUCAUGCGCCUGGAUGCCCAGAGACUGACUGACUUGAUAGAACCCCAGUUGAUUAUCAAAUCCAUAACCGGCCAGCUGAUCGGUUCGUGUCAACAGGAUCUCACCCGGGUGAAGCCGACGCAGCACAUGGCAAAGAACGUGCCGCCAAUGCCGCGCAACCAGGUGGAUCGCGUAAACGCCAGUCUGGGCCAGCUGCUGGUCUACAAAGUGCCCGCGGACACGUUCUACGAUGCGAAUGACAAUCAACUGACGCUCAGCCUGAAGACCCGGGAUCACCUCGAAUUGAGUCCACGCCACUGGCUGCAGUUCGAUUCGAAGAACGAGGAGUUCUACGGCAUUCCGAAGAGCGGCGACAUUGGCCUCGAGGAGUACUUGCUGGUGGCCGAAGACAGUGGCGGUCUGAGUGCCCAUGAUGCCCUGGUCGUGGUGGUCAGUCCUGCUCCCAAGCGAGAGUUCGGCUUCUUCUUCAAGGCCUAUCUGUCGAUCAAGCACGAGAGAUUCAACGCCGAGCUGCAGCGCAAGUUUGUGGAGCGCGUGGCCAAGUUGAAUGGGGAUGCAACCACGGGUCAGAUCCAGAUUCGCUCCAUUACCACGCACCACGACUCCGAUGGCACCAUCGUGAACUUCUACAACACAACGCUCUACAAGACGCACAAUCGCUGUCGCGAGAAGGAGGUGGCCGCCACCAGGAGUGUCUACCUGAACGGUGAUAACAGCUUGAGGGAAUCGGCCAAAAGGGCUUUGGGGCCCGAGCUGAAUUUGACCAACUUCUCGGUGGUGCCGUUCAGCAGUUGCCAUCAUACCGAGAACAUGGACACCAAUCAGCUGGACUACAUACCCAGUCGCCCCGAGGAACCUACGCAUAAAUCCUCUUUUGGCGAGGACUACAUGGUCACCUUCGUGCUGCCCAUCGUGAUCGUUAUUGUGAUGAUUGUGGUGGCCUCGAUUAUUGCUUGUUGCCUGCAUUGGUGUCGCCACCGAAGCGGCAAAAUGGAGCUAGGCGAUGAAGAGGAGCGCAAAUCCUUCCGUGCCAAGGGGAUUCCCGUCAUCUUCCAGGACGAGUACGAGGAGAAGCCGGAGAUUGGCAACAAGAGUCCCGUGAUCCUGAAAGACGAGAAGCCGCCACUGCUGCCACCGUCCUACAAUACCUCAAAUAUGAAUGGCGACAACGAUGUGGAUGACUAUGUGCCACCGCCUUCGGUGGUCGUGGGCGGACGGGAGGUGCGCGGAAAGUCGCCGGCCACGCCCUCCUACCGCAAACCUCCGCCAUAUGUGUCGCCAUAAAUCAGUGUCAAGCGCAGCAGCCGAGAAAAACGGAAGCAACAGCAAAAGCAACAGCAACAAUAAUAACAAUCGCAUCGUAUUAACCACACAAUCUACAAGAUAUAUAUAUAUAUAUAUUUAACCGAUUUGGCACAAGUUAUAUGCAACUAAGCAAACUCUUUUGUAUAUAUCCAAGUGCAAAUUGGGUUCUUUGGACAUUGUAUUCGAAUUGAGGGGCAAUCGAUCCCGACCGAGAAGUAUUCGCCAAGUCGAUGGAGUUUUUUUGGAUAACGUUUUGUAUUAGCCGAUAAUGGAGAAACAAUCAAUGAGUGCGGACAAACAAACAAACAAACACACUUUAAACUUAUCAAGAAUUACUAACACAAAGCGAUGAACUAUGCUGCAUAUUAUUUAUUUAGUAUGUACUCUUAUUUAUAUGCGAACCAUGCGAACACAAACACAUCCACAAGGACACACAAAAGGAGUUUAGUAGGCAAGCAUUAGAGCUUGAAAAACCCCCACACACACACACACACACGAGACCAUUUAGGCAUAGCAUUUAAAACUAUUUGUACUAAUUAAGUUGAAAGUGAAAGGGACGCAAGGCAUGUCCUUCGUCCGGUUAGUAGGCAGCUUCAGGACUUUCAGCUUGAUUUGCUCAAGCUGAAUUGUUUGCAUGUUUAUUUUAGUUUGGCCAAAAGAAGGGAAAACAUUGGGCUGCAUUUUAAGCGAAAUUUUCAUCAAACGAUAAGGGGAAAACUCUGAGGCAGGCUUUGCUCCUGCAGCAGGUUGGUUUUCGUAAUUAGUAUUUUAGUUCGUUUUACAAUUGGUUAUCAUAAUGAGAGCGAGGAUCGGAUGAAGGACAUGUCAGGAGCUUUGAUUACGUUACUUAUAAGAAGCAAUCAAACCCACAAUAGAGCUGCCAAUAAUCCAGGUACGACACUCGGAUCGUAUUAGCCGUUUGAAUACCAAUCAAUUCCUAUUUGCCCACAAGUGCUUCCCACAGACAAACAAACAAACCAACAGACCAUAUCCACCAAACACAACAACAACACAACACAAAACACACACACAAAAUAUUUAUACGAAAAAUGGAUUACUUAAAGUAGAACUUAGUUUUAAAUGAUUUUUACGCGCUCCCCUUUGGAUAAUUCUAUAUGAAGUCUUUACAUUAGUUUAUAGCUGCAAUUGGGCAGUACUUACUACACUACCACCCGUCCCUUCCCUGAAUCGAACUAAUACGUAGUGAGUAAAAUUGAUUUGAUAUGAACAUACAUUUAACAUAGGAAGUCCAGGCCCUAAGUUAGAGCAAUAAUUGCAUGAAGGGAAAUUGAAUUACUUUACGAGGACGCUGAUUUUUGUCGUGUAAAAACGUUCACGCAAGUGCUACGUAAUUGCCUAUUAAACUAAGUAUAAUUAACUAAUUUGUGUAUUUGCAUAAGCUCAACCGCUGAAUUAUUUACAUUUUGUAAUUUGUAAUAGCGCAAAUAGCAAACCGCAACAGCAACAACAUUAACAACAAUCAAACAAUCAGCAACGGUAUCAAUUUAUUUUGAAUAAAAAAAUGCCAAAGAUACGAUUUAGUUUUAUUAUUUUGCACACUAUUUGCGUUAUAUAUUUAGACACUGCAAUCACACAGUCACACAAGAGUAAGUAACGAGCUGAAACAAUUGGAAUUUCUCUGAAUCUCAAAUAAUUGUGCAGAUAUUAGUGAAAAAUCAGCAGGCCAUGGUCGAGCAUAAAUUGCACAUUCAAUUAAUAUAUUCAACAAAUUAAGGGAAGCUACUGUAUAUUUAAAUGCGAACAUGUACGAAUGCAAUCUGUUUGCCAUUUGAUUGGCUUAAAUUGAGCGAGUUGUACCAUCCACGAAGACAAAAACAAAAAAAACACGCAGGCAAAACCAGAAAACACAUACAAUAAUUAUAAUAAUUAUUGCGAAUAACUAAACGUGAAUAUAGGUAUAUCUGUAUAGGAUAUAUGUUUGCAUGUACGGAUUCAAUAAACAUUUAUAUAUUUUGAUACAA